UCUGCGAGCCGCGGGGCUGCUGCUGGCCUGGAGUGCGCGCCCGGAGGCAGUUGGACUAUGUGGACCUUGGUGAGCUGGGUGGCCUUGGUGGCAGGGCUGGUGGCUGGAACACAGUGCCCAGAUGGUCAGUUCUGCCCAGUGGCCUGCUGCCUGGACCCAGGAGGAGCCAGCUACAGCUGCUGCAGUCCCGGCCCGGACAAGUGGCCCAUGGCACUGAGCCGGCAGCUGGGCAGGCCCUGCCAGGUGGACGCUCACUGUCCUGCCGGCUACUCCUGCAUCCUCACCGUCUCAGGGACCUCCAGUUGCUGCCCGUUCCCAGAGGCCGUGGCAUGCGGGGACGGCCACCACUGCUGCCCACGGGGCUACCACUGCAGCGCCGACGGGCGCUCCUGCUUCCGGAGAGCAGAUACCGAGCUUCUGGGUGCCGUCCAGUGCCCUGAUAGCCAGUUCAAAUGCCCCAGCUCCUCCACAUGCUGCACUAUGCUUGAUGGCUCCUGGGGAUGCUGCCCCAUGCCUCAGGCUUCUUGCUGUGGAGACAAGGUGCACUGCUGCCCCCACGGCACCGCCUGCGACCUGGCGCAGGGCCUCUGCCUCACGCCCAUGGGCGCCCUCCCCCUGGCAAAGAAGAUCCCCGCGCAGAGGAGCUACGGGCCAGAGAUGCUGUGUCCCGACGGUCGCUCCCAAUGCCCUGAUGAUACUACCUGCUGUGAGCUGGCCAGUGGGAAGUAUGGCUGCUGCCCAAUGCCCAAUGCCAUCUGCUGCUCCGACCACCUGCACUGCUGUCCCCAGGACACCGUGUGCGACCUGACCCAGAGCAGGUGCCUCUACAAGGACAACGCCACAGACAUGCUCACGAAGCUGCCCGCGCUCACAGUGCGGGAGGUGAAGUGUGACAUGGAGGUCAGCUGUCCAGACGACUACACGUGCUGCCGCCUCCAGACGGGGGCCUGGGGCUGCUGCCCUUUUGUCCAGGCCGUGUGCUGUGAGGACCAUGUGCACUGCUGCCCGGCCGGGUUUCGGUGUGACACAGAAAAGGGGACCUGUGAGCAGGGGGCGCGCCAGGUGCCCUGGAUGGAGAAGGCCCCAGCCCGCCUCAGCCUGCUGUACCCCCAGGCCGUGGAGAGCGAAGUCCCCUGUGACAACGUCACCAGCUGUCCCUCUGGCCAUACCUGCUGUCGGCUCGUGUCUGGGGCGUGGGGCUGCUGUCCUGUCCCCGAGGCCAUCUGCUGCUCAGACCACCAGCACUGCUGCCCGCACGGCUACGCGUGCACAGCCGAGAGGCAGUGUCGGAAGGGGGACAAGGUGGUGGCGGGGCUGCAGAAGGUGCCCGCUCGCCAGGCCACCCCGCCCCUCCCUAGAGACAUGGGCUGCGACCAGCACACCAGCUGCCCGGUGGGGCAGACCUGCUGCCCAAGCCUGAGUGGGGGCUGGGCCUGUUGCCAGCUGCCCCACGCCGUGUGCUGCGAGGACCGCCAGCACUGCUGCCCGGCCGGCUACACCUGCAACGUGAAGGCCCGCUCCUGCGAGAAGGAUGCCGGCGCUGCCCGCCCCUCCGCCCGCCAGGAUGCCAGCGCUGCCCGCCCCUCCGCCCCCCUGGUGCGCGGCCCUCGCCUGGGGAACGUGGAGUGUGAGGCCGGUCGCUUCUGCCAUGACAACCAGACCUGCUGCCGUGACAGAGCGGGGAGCUGGGCCUGCUGUCCCUACCCCCAGGGCGUCUGCUGUCGGGAUGGGCGGCACUGCUGCCCUUCCGGCUACCGCUGUGGGAGGAAGAGCGCCACCUGUCUGAGCAGGGAGGCCUUGCGCUGGGACACCCCGGCCAGACACCCCGCCCCGAGACAGCUGCUGUGAGGAGGGACUGAGGCCCUCGGGACCCUCCCACCGCUCAGGCCUCCCAGGACCUCUGCCCUGCCGGAUUCUGCUGGACCCCUCCGUCUGAGUCCCCCCACUACAACAGACGGUGGGGCCUAGAUCUCAGGCCUCCCUGGCAGAAGGGGGGCUGUGGUGAGAGCCACGUUACAAGCUGCCAUCCCCCCAGUUUCUGUGGACCUGUGGCCAGGUGCUCUUCCCUCUCCGCAGGUGUGCGCGUGCGUGUGUGCUCCAGUAAAGUUUGUACACUUUC